UUCAGUCUGGCUUCAGUCUUGUCACAGUAGUGAGGGGCGCCUUUUCGCUGCUCUGGCGCUCUGGGAAUACUAACCGUUUGGCGAAGAAAACUAGCUUUAACUAACAUACUCUUUGUCUUUUUAUUUUUCCACCGCGACUAUACAUCUUCGUCUCUUCUCAGACAGACGACGAAUAUAUAUUUUUCCCCACACACACUGGAGCUACGAAGGAAACAAUAAAGAUACACACAGAUGACAGCUGCUGUCUGAACCAGACCUGCUAUACUUUACCUCCUUGGUGGAUCGUUGCAGUCAGACUGUUUUUGGAAGCGAAGCUCCAUCCGGUUCCAAACAGACGUGGGACUGUGCUAAAAAGGGAGAAGGGAGGAAACUGCUGGCAGGGAGCAACUUCGACCCAGCAGGAAGUUUGUUGAAGACUGAACGUUUCGAGAGGGUUCAACCUCACAGGGGGGGUUUUCACCCCUGUUGCCCCACCAACCGCCGCCCCCUCAUCAUCUUCAAAAACCCCGCCUCCUACAUCCCCUCCAGCUGAGGUCAUUGCGUAAGAGAAGUUGGAGGGAGCUGUGGAUCAUUGCACGUAACAAAACCCUGACUGUGGGAGGUGAAUCCGCCGUGGGCCAUGCGUAUCUGGUGAGGUCUCAUCUUCUGCCAAAAUGAGGCUGACGCCCGGCUCGCCUCGACCCGUCCUGCCAGCCUUCCUGGCUCUCACCUUAACCGCCUUCUUACCUCAGCUGUCCUCAGGAGCCACGCCGUUCCCCCAAGACCUGGAACCGAUCAGCGUCGUGGGCAGAGAAUCCUCCUACCUCUACCCCAGCUUCCAGGGACUCAUGUCGGACAACGACACCGUCCGUCUCGGCCUGGACUUCCAGAGGAUGCUGAGGAUCAACCACAUGCUCUACAUCGCUGCUCGGGACCAUGUGUUUGCCAUCAAUCUCGCCUCUUCGUCUCAGCAGAUAAUCCCACAGCAGAAACUGACUUGGAAGACGAAGGAUGUGGAGAAGUGCACUGUGAGAGGGAAAAACAGCGACGAAUGUUACAACUACAUCAAAGUGCUGGUGCCACGCAAUGACGAGACUCUGUUCGCCUGCGGCACCAACGCCUUCAACCCCACCUGCCGUAACUAUAAGAUGUCGACACUGGAGCAGGAAGGGGAGGAGGUGGUGGGACAGGCUCGCUGCCCCUUCGAGUCCCGCCAGUCCAACGUCGGACUUUUUGCAGGUGGAGAUUUCUACUCAGCCACCAUGACUGACUUCUUGGCGAGCGAUGCAGUGAUUUAUCGCAGCCUGGGAGAGAGUAGCCCUGUUCUACGUACAGUCAAGUAUGACUCUAAAUGGCUGCGAGAGCCCCAUUUCCUCCACGCUAUCGAGUACGGGAAUUACGUGUACUUUUUCUUCAGCGAGAUCGCAGUGGAGUACACCACUCUUGGCAAGGUGGUUUUCUCCAGAGUCGCACGCGUUUGUAAGAACGACAACGGCGGUUCCCCAAGGGUGCUAGAACGUUACUGGACGUCGUUCCUCAAAGCCCGGCUGAACUGCUCCGUCCCCGGCGACUCCUUCUUCUACUUUGACGUACUGCAGUCGCUGACCAACGUGCUGCAGAUCAACCACAGGCCGGCCGUGCUCGGCGUCUUCACCACACAGGCGAACAGCAUCACCGGCUCAGCAGUCUGUGCUUUCUAUAUGGACGACAUAGAGAAGGCCUUCAGUGGCAAAUUCAAAGAGCAGAGGAACAGCGAGUCGGCGUGGACACCUGUUCCAGAGGAGCAGGUCCCAAAACCGAGGCCGGGCUGCUGCGCUGGCGAGGGCUCAGCAGCUGCCUACAAGUCGUCCACCACCUUCCCCGACGACACGCUGACUUUCAUCAAGUCCUACCCGCUCAUGGACGAGUCCGUCCCCUCGGUCAACGACAGACCCUACUUCACCCGCACCACCAGCAGGUUCAAGUUGACCCAGAUAGCGGUGGACACAUCGGCGGGGCCGAACAAGAACUACACGGUGGUUUUCCUCGGCUCAGACAACGGCCACGUGUUGAAGAUCCUGGCCAGCACCGAGGGAACCAACGCGUCCUUCAGCACCCAACUCCUGGAGGACAUUGACGUCUACAACCCCAACAAAUGCAAUGUGAGGGGGGAGGACAGGAGGGUGCUGGGUCUCGAGUUGGAUCGGGAUCAUCACGCGUUGUUCGUGGCCUUCUCCAGCUGCGUGAUCCGUGUGCCGCUCAGCCGCUGCUCUGACUACACCAACUGCAAGAAGAGCUGUUUGUCUUCGCGGGACCCUUACUGCAUUUGGCUGAAGUCAGGCAGCUGUGCCACAGUCUCCCCUGGCUUCAAGGGCGGGUUCGAUCAGGACGUGGAGAACGGCUACCGUCAGCACCCUGAUACCUGCCACGAUGUCCUGGCGACCACUCGCAAGCAAAACACGGCGCUAGAUUCGGCGUAUGGGAAGACCACACCCACAAGCGCCAGCACAACCUAUCAUGGGGCAGCAUCCCCAAAGGAGGCAGGUGACCCUGAAAGAGGUACAGGUCCUGAUGGCCCUCCCUCCGUGGGGGAACAAGGGUCACCUGACUCGGAGCCAAUCAGUGUGGAGAUGGAGGGUGUGAGGCGGCCUCCAGAGCUGGAGAAGACCCAUCACAGUGUCCAUUAUACGCUCCUGAUCGCUUGUGUUUUGGUAGCCUUCGUCCUUGGCGCCUUCCUUUCUGGCUUCCUGGUCUCUUGCUACUGUAACCACACAGGCCACAAGACCAAGAAGUUGACAAAAGAUCCUGAGGCUCCAAUCCCACAUGCCCUGUCACUCCGCAGCCUGGCCAAACUUAACGGUCUCCUGGACAGCCAAAGUAAGGACGACAAGCUGGAGGUGUCAUCUCCAAAGAUCUACAACUCUUUCUUUGCCAACGGCAAGGAGCAUCACCAACCAAGGAGAAACGGCCAUCAUGGAAUGACCAUGGGAGACCUGGUCCAUCCUCACCAUCACCACCUCCACCAUUCCUCUGAGCUCUCUGGUCUGCCUACACCAGACUCAACCCCAGAACUGCCUAUCAAGAGCAUGAAAGCUUUCAAGAACCAGUGGGAGAAGAACCAGAAUUGCAACAAUGCCAAGGAGCCAAAGUCACACAACAUUGGCUCCAGGCCCAGUUCUGCACUGCUUCCCCAGCAAGUCUUCCCCUACUCCCAUAGCCUGUCCAACGGGCAGCCUCUAGUAGGAAGUCACCUCCAUCCAGAGGAACGCAAAAUCCACAACGUUGAACGCGUGUUAUCUCAGCAGCCUUACCCUGGUUAUUCACAGAAGGUGAUGGAGGUAACCUCACUGGAUGAGCUCCUGAAGCAUAUCCACGAGGCAAGCAGCAGCAAGAACUCCCAGUUAAUUAGCCCGUCGGGUCUGAUGGCUAGUGGUGGAUGCCAACUAGCCUUUGCCAACCGCAUCCAACCUCAGAUACCUGAGACAGAAUCAGCCCCCUACUACAGCUCAUCCACUUUACCCCGAGACAGCCUUACCCGACGCAUGGAUGUUCCUCCGGAUAUCCCCCCGCACCACCAGUCAACCCUGGAGAGGAGGCACUCCUCCCAGAGGCACUCACUGAUUGCUGCAGCUACAAAGAUGCCCAAUGGAGGUGGAGGAGGGGUUGGAGGAGGAGGAAUGAUCCCUCGCCAGCACAGCUUCAGCCAACGAAAUGGCGGGCCCCACCAGCCACCUCCCCUCUUAGCACGGAUGAACUCAACGGGAAGUGCCUGCGAGGUUCACUACCCCCUCAUCCCCAAUGGGUACCUGACACGCCAGCACAGCUACAAUGGAGAGCAGCAGGAGAUCCAACACAGGGGCGCUAUCGUUCGCCGGGCCUCCUCUCUCAAACCCGACGUCCCUCCCAAGCCCCUGUUCAUACCUGCCACGUCCCCCGUUAACCAACAGGGAAAGUUCAACUACUGAGGAGGUAAACUCCUGGACUAGAGAGGGAGUCUCCCUCAUUGUGUCUUCUUAAAGGAACUUCCCUUUGAAGAAAUGCAGUUGGUUCGAGGUUUCAGACCUUCACCAGAAAACACAACCAAUCAUGUGGCAGCCAGUGUCACUGUGGACAAAAGCCUCAACCAAACUUGUUUUUUUCCCCUUCUUUUUGUCCAACGAAUAUCUUUGUACCAUAUUGGUAUUGCUCAGCUACUUGCUUAUUAUAGAACCGCUGACUUGGGUGACGUGACGCCACCUCCUUAUAUUAGGCUGCCAAUGUCCUCAGUGUGGAUUUACAAUGCAACUAAGUUUUUGGACGCAUUGAUGUUGGAAAAACUACACAUCAGUCAUCUUGAAGACUUAUAAGCCGGAGGCUACUGCAAUGCUUAGAUUCAUGCUUUUGCUUAACCUUUUCUGAUGUAGUGUUGGUAACCAGUCCCUGCCCGCCCCACCCUCGAAUGUGUUUAUAUUAUGCAUGUGUGUGUAUAUAUAUGUGUGUUUAUAUCCACACCGUAUAUGUAUACAUAUACAUAUGCAGUAUAUGUAACCUGUGGUGAAAAGUCAGCAAAUUCCCCUGAAAGUAGUUAUGUCUUUGCCUUACUAUACUCUUUCAUCUUUGGGCAUAUUAAACGAUCCCCUACCCUAGGAAAUAUCUUAGGGACACCAAAUCAUGCACUUCAUCAACACAACUCAUUGUCAGUUGGCUAAAAACAAUGAACCAGAAUUUAUUUGUGUUGACAAAAGAAAGGAAACACUUCAACAAAGCAGCUAUACUCGUAUUUUAUUUUAUUUUCCCGUCCCAGCAGAUGUCAGGUGAAUUAAUCGGGUCCAUUUAAGUUCCUUGAGAAUGUUUCUAUAAGAUUGGUGCUCUACAAAUGUAGUGGGUCUAAACAUCCUCUGAAAUGGAAAUAAAUAAUACUGUAUCCACUAAAAUAUUUUGGACCCAAAGAGGACAAGACAAACAUGCCAUGCCAUCUGAGAGAAUGAACAUAAAAUAUAGAACGGACUGCAGUUAUUAUAAUUAUUAACUUUGUGGCUAUUGGUUGUAAAUAAAGGAAUAAUUACUAGCCAAAUUUUAACUGUAUGUGUAAAUGUGUGCCUUAUUUAAUAAUAGUGUGUGACAUGGGGGUAGGGGUUAAUGCAAGGGGCUCAGAUGGCUACUAUGCUACAGUAUAUUGUAGGUGUUUCAUUUUCUAUGGUCGUCAGUAUGUGUCAUACAGUAUCUAUUGUAUAUUUGAAGAGUUUCAUUCCAGAAUGAGAUAUUUGUCAUUUAAAUUUUUUCUCACCUGUUCUGAUAAAUUGAUAACUGCGAGUAUGAUUGUAACACUCACUAAUGAGUAGUAUUUUUGUUAUAUCUUGUAUACUGAGCCUUUUUUUUUUUUUUUUUUCUACAAAUUAUCAUCUAAUUUUUAGAAACAUUAAACACCAGAUUAUUUUUGAAUGGAUACAGUGUUUUGGAAUGAAACCCUUCAUUUCUAUUUGUCUUUUUUGUUGUUUUUUUUCUUAAUCCCAGAAGUGUGAGCCUGCAGAUUUUUUUUGGGAGUGUUGGGCAAAGCAAGUAGACAGCCACAGACUGCAGAUAUUCAGGUUCGACUGCCUCCGUAUUAUGUCACUUUCCACUGGGUUUCAUUGGGUGCCAUUGUUGACUUCAUACUCUUUUUUUUUUUUUUUCCUCUUAGCAGUAGCAUUAGCAUAUCUUUGGAUUUCUAAAGGAGCAGUUCACAGUUCCUCUUUAGUUAUCACCUACAGACCUGUAGCCAUUGUAGAAGUCACAUUUUACUGAUGGAUGCAGCAAAUAUGGUCUUCAUGUUCAGAAAUAUUCAAAUACUUUCUUGCUCUUAUUUACCAGAAAUAGCUGAGAAAAAUAACGUCUCACACCAUAAUGUGUUGUUGGGUAGAAAGUGUGAAACUGGACUUCUACAAUGGUUACUGCUGUAGAUUUGGACUUACCUGUGUCACCAGGUGUCAACUUCAAUAAAGAAAGCAAAUAAAGUAGAAUGGAGAUAACGUUUCUGUUUAGGAAAUGUGUGGAAACACGGAGAAGUGCAAUGAUCUCUGAUCCGACAAGCUGAGAUUGUCUCUAGGAUCGAUACUUGGGAAGCGAUCAUGGAACUGGUUCCCGGGUCGUCACGCCGCCAAACACCUGCUGAGGGUUUUCCUCAGGGAUGGUGAUGCCAAUUGGCUCUGCCUCAGAAAUAUCACACCUUCAAAACUGUUCCCUGUUGCACUUUUCAGCAGAGCCACUUUGGCCACGGUUGACUGGAACCCUGAUCAAUUUUGUGUAAACAGCACUACGCUAUUUACUGUAUCUGAAAAGUGGUGUUUAUUGAUUGAAAUUUCCCAGAGCUCAUUUGACCCAAUGAAAAGUUUACUAUUCAUACUCAAACUCCAGUAAAUGAAGGAAAAUACGGCCGACCACAUUUGUCGAAAGGAAAAAAAAAAAAGUUGAUUUUAGGAAUUAACAGGCAGCAGAGCGUUAAAUAGCCUUUCGAACAACAGAUACAAAACAUCCAACUUGAUUUAAGGUCAUGACCAUAAUGUGUCAUAAGAGGAAUUGUUGCAGCUAGUGUUUGAUGAGUGGAAGUGUGUUUUUUUUUUUUUUAAUCUGCCGGUGACAGAUUGUAUAGGAGAGGGAACGGUCUCGCCUCUAAUAGCUCUAUCAGUAUUUGAUUUGGUGUAAAUACAUUUUAUCUGGGCGGGGUCUCAUUGAUUCAGUAUUAUGUUCUUUUCUGUUUGAUUUCCAGGCUUCGCCUCUUGAAUUACUAUGAAUUUGGUCUCACAGAAUACCAUUGUAUGUCUGUUAUACUAGGAAUAAAAUAAAAAUAUGAUGCAAGUGUC